UGGACUUUUUUACAUUUCUGAAAAAAGAAAAGUCUGGACUUGUUUACGCUUCACAAGAGGCACUGACGCCUGCUGGUCUCUCGCAGCAGCACCGAGCUCCAACAAUGGCUGAGGAGUGCGUGAAGGUGGUCGGCAUGUGGGCGAGCCCGUUUGUCGCUCGGGUGGAGAUGGCGCUCCGGCUGAAGGGUGUCACCUACGAGUACAUUAGGGAGGACCUCGCCAACAAGAGCGAGAUGCUGCUCCGCUACAACCCAGUGACCAAGAAAGUUCCGGUGCUGGUCCACGGCGGCAAGCCCAUGGCCGAGUCUGCCGUCAUCGUCGAGUACAUCGAUGAGGUGUGGAAGGACGGCUACACCAUCAUGCCGGCCGACCCCUACGAGCGAGCUCAGGCCAGGUUCUGGGCCAGGUACGCCGACGAGAAGUGCAAUCCCGCCAUCUACCUUGUCUACACCUCGGCGAUCGGCGAGGGGCAGACCAAGUUGGUGCACGAGGCCCAGCAGUGCCUCAAGCCGCUGCAGAAGGCCCUCGAGGGGAAGAAGUUCUUUUGCGGUGACGCCGUCGGGUACCUCGACAUCGUCGUGGGGUGGUACGCGCGCUGGGUGCCCAUCAUCGAGGAGCUGUCUGCCACCAGCAUCGUCACCGACCAAGAGCUUCCUCUGAUCAAGGCAUGGUUCGACCGGAUCCUCGCCGUCGAUGUGGUGAGGGAGACCCUGCCCCCGAGAGACAAACUCCUGCCGCUCUGCAAGGUUCGCCGCGAGCAGCUUCUAUCAGCGUAGAGCGGCCAGUAAUUCGAUUAAAGACACGUAAGCUUUAAUAAGUAAGUGUUGCGCACUUGUGCAACAGAUGUUUGGAACAUGAUUCAGCUCUCGAGCUUCAGUUGUAUAAUCUUCUGAACUAAGUGGCUACAUGCAUCUAUCGCUGCAGAUGCCGGAGCUUUCCUCUUUUCAGAUUUGUUUUCUGUAUAAUCUUCAUCAAUCCAUGUAAAUGGCUGUAUAUUUCCUCCAGUGUUAAUUGAUGCGACAACAUAUUAAAAUCCAUGUAA